ACGAAAGAGUCCAGAACAAAAGCCUGAAGACGAAGGACAGGAUCAUGUUUGUCCCCUUGCCGCUGCCGUUCGUCUUGCCCAGAACUGCCUCCGAGCUCCGUGCCUGGCGCCUCAAGUCUCCGCCGGCUGCGCGCGCGCUCUCCGAUAUCAGAAUGUCAAAGCCAAUAGAGGUCGAAAAUCCAGCGGCAGACUCUCCGAUGGAGAACACAGGAGAUUCAGAGAGGAAUAGUUCAGACUCCAAUAAUCAGAUUCCGCCAAUGAAAACCAACCCCUUCUCACUCUCUCCAACACUAAGCGCCAGCAACAAGGCCAAGGUGGAGGAGUGUGGAGAGAUGUCUCCAGCUUCAGUUCAGGCCACACCCACUCAAACACCCCUCCCACACACACAGCUGAUGCUGGCAGGAAGCCAGCUGGCAGGACUGACUGCUCUCUUGCCUGCUCAGCAGCAGUUGCUCCUCCAGCAAGCGCAGCUCCUGGCUGCAGCCGUGCAGCAGUCGCAGGCAGCUCACGCAGCCAAUCAGCAGCAAACGCAUCAGCAGCAGCAGCAACAGCAGCAGGCGGCUCUGCCCCAGCUGCAGGGCCAAUCAAAGAGUGCCCAGGAGCAAAGUGCUGCUCCUGUCCUGCCCCCUCCUCACCAGCUUACCCUAUCUCAACCAAUCCAGCUCACUGCCCAGGAUAUCCAGCAAUUGUUGCAGCUGCAGCAGUUGGUCCUCGUCCCAGGGCAUCCUUUGCCCUCACCUGCACAGUUCCUUUUGCCACAGGCACAGCAAGGGCAGCAAGGGCUGCUACCGACACCAAAUUUGAUUCCACUACCUCAGCAAAACCAGGGGAGUCUCCUCACUGCUCCUCCUGCACUCGGUCUUCAAGCACAGCAGAGAGAAAAGGUCAUGGAGAACAGUGUCAGUACGGUGACCCCUGUGACCUCUCAUGCCGAGGAGCCAAGUGACCUGGAAGAGCUCGAACAGUUUGCCCGCACCUUUAAACAAAGGAGAAUCAAACUUGGGUUCACACAGGGUGAUGUGGGACUGGCUAUGGGUAAGCUGUAUGGGAAUGACUUCAGUCAGACCACCAUCUCCCGCUUUGAGGCCCUUAAUCUCAGCUUUAAGAACAUGUGCAAACUCAAACCUCUCCUGGAGAAAUGGCUCACUGACGCCGAGACCAUGUCGAUGGAUAGUACCUUGCCAAGUCCCAGCUCUCUGUCCUCAUCAUCUCUGGGCUUUGAAGGCCUGCCUGCCCGCCGCCGCAAGAAACGCACCAGCAUCGAGACCAAUGUGCGCGUGGCUUUGGAGCGCAGCUUCAGCACGAACCAGAAGCCUACCUCAGAGGAGAUUCUACUCAUCGCUGAGCAGCUCAACAUGGAGAAGGAGGUGAUCCGUGUCUGGUUCUGCAACCGUCGACAGAAAGAGAAACGUAUUAACCCCUCCAGCGCCACCCCUCCCCUGCCCAGCCAACCCCAGCCUGCCACACACAAACCCCCCUGCUACAGCCCGCACAUGAUGCAAGGUCAGAUGCAAGGUCAGGGGCCGUCCCAAUCUGUUACGAGUCUCAGCACAGCAGCAACGACCAUGCCCUCGGUUUGUCCUUUGACCCCCACUGGUCCCUCUUCAAGCUCCACCCCUUCACCCGUGACUCCAUCUCCUCGCAGCGAUGCCAGCCCUGUUCCUGCCACUCACGCAUUAAAUCUGAACACAGGUUCGUGGCGUAACAAGAACGGUGACGUGUCAAACUACAUCACCGAUUUUGCUGCAAAUCUGAGGAAUACGGUGAUUGGAGUUAACACAGGAAUGAACCAAGCCCUGCGUGGUAGCAACCCAAUCGCCACGAUUCAAGCUCUGGCUGCCAGUGGUGGUCAAACCACCAUUUCCAAUCUUGAAGGUGGCAGCAAGGUGCUGAUUGGUGGUUCUGGAGGACAAAGGUCAGGACUCCCUUCUUCCCUCUUCCUUAACCACCCUUCACUGUUGCCCAUGGCAGCAGGCACAGCUCUGGGAUUGGGCAACUCAAUCGUUUCCAAAUCCGGCAGGCCUCUAUUCCUGGACGGCAUGAGUCCCUCCCCCUGCUCGAGCCCUGACUCUUCCUGCUCUUCCAGCGACUUGCUUCACAGCCCACACGAUCUGGGGAGCGGCCAAGAUUGAGUGACACUUCCAGGAAACCAAUCACAGGACCGGGGGAGGAACUGAAACCUCCCAUCACAACCAAAGCAUCUCUGUCUCUCUUUCUUCCUUCGUCUUUUAUCUUUCACUCUUUCUCUCUUGCUCUCUCCCGCUCUCCUGAUGCCAAAAAUACACAAAGUGGAAGAGGGGAGAGAUGAAGAGACAGAGGUGAAGACGAAGCGAAGCGAAGAGGAGAGAUUUACAUUCAAACCAAAAAUUCACCUGGAGGUCUAGUGGUACAUGGUCAACUGAGUGCAGCCACUUCUCCACCGUUGUUUCUCUCUCUCUCUCUCUCUCUCUCUCUCUCUCUCUCUCUGUCUCUGUUUCUCUGGAGAGUGUAAAGAAAGGACAAUAGACAUUGGUUUAAGAACUGCAGGAACCAGAGGAAGGAGCUGAUUAUUAUUGAUCCUUGAGCCAAAAAUAGCAAAACUAAAAACUUUUAUUUGUUGCAGAACGGCAGUCGGACUUCAGCUCUGACCAAUCUGGAGAACUUUAAACCAAAAAAAAAAAAAUAUGAUAGAGGUGAACUUUAAAAGACUCAUGGUGACAAAAAGACAACCAUACCAAAAACCCAUAUACCAAAAAAUAACCAAAACCAAAAAUACGGAAGGAAAAGCUUUAUCCCGUGGACCUGUAAAUAGUCCAGCGUCCAGCACCAGACCCACACCAACGAUCCAGCAACCUCCCGCUCCAUCAUUUCAUCUGACAUUCUGUCAUUUUUUUCUGUCUAUAUGUCACUAUUUUUUCCUGAAACUGUCAUUAUCUUUUAAUUAGUGAAGAGGUGAAUCUCCAAGUAUUAGCAGUGUAUUGCUGUGCAACAGUGAAUGAGCAAAGCUCAGAAGUGUCAAUGUUUUUUGACUAGAGGUCUAGGUAUGUACAAAUCUCCCCUGCUUUCUACCUCUUUAUCAGGUUUUCUUCUUUCUGCCUAGCUUUAGUUCCCGUUUUCAGAUAUUUUCAGAAAUAUCCAUAUUUCAGUAGGUUUUUGUUGUUUUAAUCAUCAUCAUUGUCACGUCAUCAUUUCAACUUCAUGUCUAUCACACACGUUAACCACGCAGGGGUGUGUUUGAGAAUGUCAUGAAAGAUGGAUGUAUUUAAUACAAGGUCAGCUGGUGUUCUUGCAUGUUUUACGUCUGUCUCACAUUCAAUGUUCAUUCUGUCUUAUCUCCAUUAAAAACACUUUGAAUCCAUUAUCCACAUUUUUCACCUCCUUCAUACUUGCUUCUUGUUGGAUACCAAAGUGACUCUUCAUGGGUCUCUCACUGCGAUGCAGAAGGAGAGCGGAA